AUGCAUUCUAACGAAAUCAAAGAUGAUUAUAAAUGGAGAGGUGGACAUUUAUAUGAUAAUAAGAGAUAUAUAGCUGGAACGGUUGAAUAUGAUAGAGAUUGGGCACCAUUCGAUAACAAUACCUGGAAUCAAGGUUGUAACAUGAAUGAUGAUCAAAAUGGUGAGGAAAAAGAUGAGGACGAUUCAAUUAACUCGGUGGGGGAAGAAAAUUCUGACUCUGAUGAUGAUGCCGUCUCAGCAACAUGUGAGAAUCCAAAGAAACAAAGCGAUGAAACUAAAGAAGGUGAAAUUGUGGAAGAAAGUGAAAUAGAUGAUGAAUCCCUACGAUCCCCACUUCAGGAUCCGACAGAGGAUCACACAGUCGUAAAUCGGUGA